AUGUCGGAAGGGACCCUGAGAGCUCAUCCUGCCGGAGCAGGAGCGCCUGGGUCAGGUCCCACAGGGCGCGGGGACCCGCCGUACGGAGCCCCCGAGGAUGAAGGUGACUACCUGUAUCUGGACGAGGACGGACUGCUGGAGGUGCCGGGGGGCCCGGCCCGCUGCCAGGACUCCUACCAGGACUGGGUGGCCCUGUACUGCUGGGCCCCCUUCCACGCCGCCCUCAUGGCCACCCCCGAGGGCAGCCGCUGCCGCUGGGAGCAGAUCGGGAGCGCCUACAGCGAGCUCUCCGCCUGCACCGAGCUGCUGGCCCAGCUCUUCUCCUGCCCCUGGCCCAGCACCGCCCUCGAUGCCUUCUUCCUGCAGGUCCACGCCGAAUAUUUCAGCAACUGCAGCAGGAUUGAGCCCCCUGGGCCCGGGGGGUUGCCCCCAGGGCUGGCUGCCGCUGCGGCGGUGGGGCUGGGCUGCCUCGUCCCCCUCGCAGCCGCCUUCACCGUCAGCAGAGCCUGGAGAGGGGCUCGGAGCCCGGCGGGCAGCAGCACAGCCCCGGGCGUCCCAGUGCCUGCGUUGGGCUGACAGCAAGCCCCGGGGCUUCAACAGAGGGGG